AUGCCAACCAUACACGAGCGAAUCCGCGAAGAGAUUCUCAGAAAAGAGCGCGCUCUCUGGUCAGCGCUCACAUGUGCCGAUCCACCACCCCAGAUCAAGAAAUUAAGCAACGAAGGGGUUGUGUUGUUGUUCCCGAAAAUGCCAAUCCUAACGUUGGAAGACGAGGAGGAGUUUGACGAAUGCCUGAAGCCUCCAUUCCAUCGCUUCGAUGGAUUCCAGCUAGAUGAUGUACGGACGAUUGUCAUCGAUCUCAUGGCCGGCUCGGUGACAUAUAAGGUUUAUGCUGUUCGGGGGGACAAAGAAUAUCGAGCGACGGGUUCUACUACUUGGAGUCAAGCAGCUGAUGGUGAAUGGCGGGUUGUGACGCACCAGGAAACUCUCCUGUAG